AUGGCGCAGGCGGCUAAGAACUGGUAUCAGGUGGUCAAAGCUGCCCCUAAAGGCCGAUUCCAAGGGAUCAAGAGAGACUAUCAGGUUGAAGAUGUCUUGAAACUACGAGGAUCUGUUGAAAUCGAAUACACAUUAGCCACUCGUGGCGCAAAUAAGUUAUGGCAGCUUCUCCAUACCGAGCCAUAUGUGCCUGCACUUGGUGCUCAGACUGGAAAUCAAGCUGUACAGAUGGUCCGGGCAGGACUGAAGGCCAUCUAUUUGUCAGGCUGGCAAGUGGCGGCCGAUGCUAAUACGGCAGGCGAUAUGUACCCCGAUCAAUCACUCUAUCCAGCGAAUUCCGGACCAGAGCUCUGCCGAAGGAUAAAUAGGUCGCUUAGGAGGGCUGAUCAGAUCGAAGCCGUCGAAGCAGAGGACUAUCUAGCUCAGCGAGACUGGUACGCCCCAAUCGUUGCCGAUGCUGAGGCCGGUUUUGGAGGAGCGUUGAACUGUUUUGAAUUGAUGAAGGUGCUGAACACUUUUUCAUUUUCAAGGAAACCUCCAACGAUGACUUUUUUCUGCAGACUGAUGGAAAUCAGUAGUGCGUAA